AUGGACGAGGACAAGUAUCGCAACCUGCCGAUACCCACCUACGAAGAAGCCACAUCCUCUCGACCAACCUCAUCACAAGGCCCCGAAGAAGCGAGCGAUGAUGCGGAACGGCAGGGCUUACUCGAACAAGCGCGAUACCAUCAACCCACUGUCGACUCCGCCCGAUCCAGCGAGGACAGCGACCUUCGACUACCAGAAGUCGGCGCCGAUGAUGAUAGACGGCAGAUAGAAGAGCUAGACUACCUCGACCCCUCCGCCGAUGGCUCGCAAAGACAGCGCGGCCUAUAUCAUCGGGCGAGGUUACGCGGGCAGUGGUCGAAACGCCUAGCCAACAUCUCCGCCACCUUCUCCUCCCUGCGAAUACCUUCCCUCCGGUCCCUCUACACUCCUGUCUCGUCAGGAGACGAUUCCGAUUCGAGAGAUCCCCCGUCUGACCCUCCGCCCGCGCGCUCACGAUGGCUGCCCACGCGCAACCCGUUGCCGGAGGAGUACCGCGUGUCUGCGCCGAAUGUCGCCCGGCUAUGCGGCCUAUUCAUGAUCGGCGCAAUGAUCUACGCCCUAUUCGCGCUCGACAUGUUUCCCAACAGGCGGCGGCGGAUGGGUGCACAUUUCGAUCCCGAAUCAGUUCGGCAGUUCGUUCAAGAGCAUGUUGACGGGAACAAUAUCGCACGAUAUCUACAUCACAUCACCAGCUACGAUCAUGUCGCUGGCACGGAGGGAGAUCUGUAUCUUGCCAAGUGGAUGCAGGAGCAGUGGGUGGAGGAGGGUGCAUUUGACGAAGUCAGCUUGCAGAGCUACUACGUUUAUCUCGACUACCCAACGGCGGACGGCCGGAGUGUUAAGAUCGUGCAUCCGGAGCGGAAGAAGUGGAAGGCGAAGCUGGAGGAGAAGCAGGUCGACAAUCAGAAGCAGCAGACGUUUGCGUGGCAUGCGCAUAGUAAGAGCGGGGAGACGAGGGGACCACUGGUCUAUGCGAACAGCGGAAGUCGAGAAGACUUUGCGUGGCUGAAGGAGAAUGGAGUUCAGACAACGGGCGCAGUCGCUUUGAUACGGUAUGGGGGUGCCCAGCCCAACCCAGGCCUCAAAGUAAAGGCGGCGGAGGAGGCGGGAUGCGCUGGUGUCCUUCUCUACUCCGACAAGGACGAUGAUGGCCGCGGCAAGGGUGAGGCAUAUCCCAACGGACCGUGGAGAUCGGAGGACAGCGUACAGCGUGCAUCCGUCAGCUUCGGCUCUUACGUCGUCGGCGACCCGCUCUCACCUGGCUGGGCAAGUCGCAAGAAGCACGACCGGACCAAGAUUGACGACAACGCCGCCUUGCCCAAGAUUCCUUCCCUUCCGCUGUCCUGGCGCGACGGCCAAGUUCUCCUUCAGUCACUGGACCGUCAGGGUACCAAAGUCCCACCUUCUUGGAUCAUUGACCCACAAAGCGGAAGGGGCGAAAUUACGUUCACCGGCGGGAAGCCAGCCAACGUAUCCGAUGACGACGGCAAAUGGGUCAUUGUGGAGUUGAAGAACAACAAUGAAUUCAGCGAGCAGCAAGAAAUCUGGAAUCUCCACGGACUCAUCCAGGGUAUCGAAUCUCCCGAGAAGCGGGUCGUUGUUGGCUCGCACCGCGACAGCUUCUGCUUUGGUGCCGUGGAUCCGGGGUCGGGGUCGGCGGUCAUGAUGGAAGUGGCCUCCAUCUUUCUGUCGCUGAGAAAGCUCGGAUGGAGGCCGCUGCGGACGAUCGAGUUUGCUUCCUGGGAUGCCGGAGCGUACAACAACAUCGGCAGCACCGAGUUCGUCGAAGACAACCUGGGGUAUCUGCAAGACCACGGCAUCGCAUAUUUAAACGUGGAUGCCGGAGUGAGUGGGAACGACUUCCGAGCCUCUGGAAGCCCACUAUUCAAGAAGGCAUUCAUGCAUGUGCUCAAGCGUGUUGUGGACCCAGUAUCCAACUCUACGCUACGGCAGCUGUGGAACAAAAACGGCGCCGCACUGGCUGGUUUGGGUGGCGGAGGCGACUACGUGCCUUUCCAAGAUAUGGCUGGCAUGUCGUCGGUCGACUUUGGGUUUGAGGGGCCACCAGGCGGGUUUCCGAAAGGUAGCUGCUAUGAGACGUUCGAGUGGAUGCAGAAGUUUGGAGACAACGGAUUUCAAUAUCAUCGCACUCUCGCUCAGAUAUGGGCACUUCUCAUCCUCGAGAUCUCUGACAGGCCACUCAUCCCUUUCAACCUGAAUGCGUACGCGGGCGCAAUCGCCGGCUUCGUGGACAAUCUCCAACAGGAUGCGCAGGAGACAUACUCCCGCCUGAACGACGGCAGGAAAGUCAAAGGCGCAAAGCAACUUACCGAGAUGACUGCCUCCAACAAGAACUCCUUCGCCGGCUUCGACCUUUCGCCUCUCCGCAAAGCCGUCACAAACAUGACCGCCAACAUCGAGUCCUUUUCCCGAUUCGAAGACCUCUGGAUGUCCAACGUCCUCGGCGCCGGAGGCCUGGAAAGUGGUAAUUUCGCGAUCCAGCGCCUCGACUACAAUGACCGCAUCGCGCGCUUUGAGAGUGAUCUGCUGGACCUACCUUACAAGCACGGCGACAAGGGCAUGCAUGGGAUCCCUGGCAGGGAGCAGUUUGUGCAUGUUCUGUUUGCGCCGAGCAAAGUUGAUGGUGGGGUGGAGGUGUGGCCGGCGGUGAGGGAUGCGUUGGAGCAGGGUGACUGGGAGGCGGCACAGAGAAUGGUGGAGAGGGCUGCCAGUGUCAUUGAGAGGGCAGGGAGGAAGUUGAUGGAGUGA